UCCAGCCUCUUGCAGUCUGCCAGUUCCCCAUCACCAUGUACUCCAGCCGCAUGGAGGGUCCCAGAAGAGGGAGAUCUUUCGACUCCAUGAGUGCCAGCUUUGAGGAGAACCAGCUCAACAAUGUGGUGGGGAACCUCUCCUCCCUCUCUGUCCUCAAUGAGAUCUACAAGUCAAACUACAGUAUGAAUGAAGACAACAAGGAAAACAAAGACAAUUCAUCUGAAAGAAAUAAAACUGCGGUCAUAUUCUCCUUAAAUAAUGAAGUUGGAGGACUUGUCAAAGCUCUAAAACUCUUUCAGGAAAAACAUGUGAAUCUAGUGCACAUAGAAUCACGAAAAUCCAAAAGACGAAAUUCAGAAUUUGAGAUCUUCGUAGCAUGUGACAGUGAUAGAGAGCAGCUAGAUGAGAUCUUCCAUCUAUUGAAAUCCCAUGCCAACGUUGUGUCUGUGAACCCAACAGACAAUUUCACUGUGCAGGAAGAUGGUAAGACAGAAGAUAUGGAAAAUAUCCCUUGGUUUCCUAAGAAGAUCUCAGAUCUGGAUAAAUGUGCAAACCGUGUUCUGAUGUAUGGAUCUGAGCUAGAUGCAGAUCAUCCAGGUUUCAAAGACAAUGUUUACCGCAAGAGACGGAAGUAUUUUGCAGACCUGGCUAUGAAUCACAAACAUGGUGACCCAAUUCCAAAAAUUGAAUUCACUGAGGAGGAGAUCAAGACUUGGGGUACUGUAUUCCGAGAGCUCAAUAAGCUCUACCCAAGCCAUGCCUGCAGAGAAUAUCUUAAAAACCUACCUUUGCUAACUAAACAGUGUGGGUACCGAGAAGACAAUAUACCCCAGCUGGAGGAUGUAUCACGUUUUCUUAAAGAGCGCACUGGAUUUACAAUCCGCCCGGUUGCCGGAUACCUGUCUCCCAGAGAUUUCUUGGCAGGUUUAGCAUUCAGAGUAUUUCACUGCACUCAGUAUGUUAGGCAUAGCUCGGACCCUCUUUACACACCAGAACCUGACACCUGUCACGAACUGUUGGGCCAUGUUCCUCUUUUGGCUGAACCCAGUUUUGCUCAGUUCUCUCAGGAAAUUGGCUUAGCAUCACUUGGAGCAUCUGACGAAGCUGUUCAGAAGCUGGCAACUUGCUACUUUUUCACUGUGGAGUUUGGCUUAUGCAAACAAGAAGGUCGGCUAAGAGCCUAUGGAGCUGGCCUGCUCUCUUCUAUCAGUGAACUGAAGCAUGCUCUAUCUGGAAAUGCCAAAGUCAAGCCUUUUGAUCCAAAUGUCACUUGCAAGCAAGAAUGCAUGAUUACAACAUUCCAGGAAGUUUACUUCAUUUCUGAAAGCUUUGAAGAUGCAAAAGAAAAGAUGAGAGAAUUUGCGAAGACCAUCAAACGCCCCUUUGGUGUGAGUUAUAAUCCAUAUACACAAAGCAUUCAGCUCCUGAGGGACACAAGGGGCAUUGUGAAUGCAGUGAAUGAACUACGUCAUGAACUUGACAUCAUCAGUGAUGCCCUCAGUAAAAUGGGCAAGCAGAUGGGAAUCUAGCUUCUCUAAUGAACCUUGGCCAGUCUGCACUCAGUAGCUAUGGAUUUUGUUCUGCUCUAGGCAUGAGAAUAUUUUUUCUGCAGAGUGCCACUUUUCAUAAAAUGAAAGAACCAAUGAGGAGGAAUAUCUCCAAGAAGCACUCAUAUCAAUGUUUAAGUGUGUCAUUUCCCUGUUUUUCUUUUCUGAAUCCUCCAAUGAUCUCCAGAGAAAGCAAAGUUAAAUUCUUCUAGGAAAGUUGAAAAAGGAUGGAUCUUGCAAACUGCAAUAAUGAAAGGCUAGUUGUCCAUGUAGUUUAUUAUUCUGUAAUCGAUGGCUAAUAUUAGUUAUUAAAGAAUCAACUCAUAAA